AAAUGGCCACCAAACCUUGAUCACCAUCCCCAUCAUCAUCAUCAUCAUCAUCACCAUCACAACCACCAACAGCAGCAGCAGCAGCAGCAGCAGCACCACCUCAGAAGAAGCCCAUCCCCUAGCGUCCGUCCCGGGAUUGUACCCCGUAUGCGCAUGGGCGGAGAAACUGCCGCUGUGCGCUGUUAUUAUAGCAAGAGUAAUUUCUUUUUUACGAAAAUGGCGUCUAGUCAGGGAGGUGUGGGAGCUGUCACGGCUCUACAAAGCCAUCACUGCCCCAGCGGACCUCACUGGAGCCCGGGCAUCAGCCAGUACCAGCAGCAGCACCACACGGCCCGCAGCCUGGACCGGGCUCUGGAGGAUGCGGUCUGCUCCGGGAUCCUCAACCUGAGCGGCAGGAAGCUGAGGGAGUACCCGGGGAUGAGCUUCGAUCUGACGGAUACAACACAAGCAGAUUUAUCCAAGAAUCGCCUGACAGAAAUCCCUCCUGAGGUGUGUCUGUUCGCCCCCCUGGAGUCGCUCAACCUCUACCACAACUGCAUCAAGUGCAUCCCAGAAGCCAUUAUCAACCUGCAGAUUCUGACUUAUCUUGACAUCAGCCGAAAUCUCUUGUCAGUUCUGCCAAAAUACUUGUUCAGCCUCCCCCUCAAAGUCCUGCUUGUGAGCAACAACAAGCUGGUGUCCAUCCCUGAGGAGAUUGGGAAGGCCAAAGAGUUGAUGGAGCUGGACGUGAGCUGUAAUGAGAUCCAGGUGCUGCCGGCUCAGGUCGGGAGGCUGCACGCCUUACGAGAACUCAAUAUCAGGAAGAACUGUCUCCACAUGUUGCCUGAGGAGUUGGCUGAUCUGCCUCUCAUCCGACUCGACUUCUCCUGCAAUAAGAUCACAGAGAUUCCUGCAGCGUACAGAAAACUCAGGCAGCUGCAGCACAUCAUCCUCGACAACAAUCCUAUGCAGUCUCCACCCGCUCAGAUUUGUCUGAAGGGCAAAGUGCACAUAUUCAAGUACCUGAACAUCCAGGCGUGUAGGAUGGACAAGAAGCCGGACACCCUGGACCUUCCCUCCCUUGGCAAGCGUUGCCUUCCACAGCCACUGACAGAUAGCAUGGAAGAUUUUUAUCCCAGUAAGAACCACGGGCCUGACUCUGGAAUUGGUAGUGACAAUGGCGACAAGAGGCUGUCUACGACUGAGCCUUCAGACGAUGACACAGUCAGCCUGCACUCCCAGGUUUCAGAGACAGCCCGUGCUGACGCCCUCUCGCUCCUCUGCAAAAUGGAUUCUUGCAAAGAUCAGGAUCUCUAUGACUUUAUAGAGCCCAACCCGGACGAGGAUCCUGCUCUGUCAGAGUGUGAUGGGCAGCAGAGCACUCAUGUGUCUUGUAUAAAGGAGCUGGAAAAAGUUCUUAACAUGUCUCACCAAAGCAAAGAUAAAGACAGCUGGAAAGAGGAGUCUGGUUCCGAUAAGGAGCAGCUAGUUGAGGAAGAGGAUGAUGAGCUGAAGGAGGUUCUGGAUCUGAGGAAGAUUGCAGUUCAGCUUCUGCAGCAGGAGCAGCAGAACAGACGACGGUCCUUAAUAUGCAGAGCGGAGAGCCUCAUCCACCGACGCAGAGUCACCGGCCGAGCACACAGGUUCUUGAGUCACUCUGGGAGCUCCAGCAGCAAACCCAGGCCCCCGCCUCAAGCCGCUCGAAGUGCUUCUCUGGAUGAAGGAAGUAGUGGCGCAUCAGUGCUGAGCGGACAGCCCUCGUCUUCCUGCUCCUUCGAUGGCAGCCUGAAAACAGAUCUCUCAGAUUCAGAACCAAAGUGGCCUGAAGUCCCACCUGUCCUCAAUCAGAACGAAGACCGCAGGAGGAACAAGUACCUGAGGAAAGACUAUCUCAAGUACAAGUGUCAGAGUGCUCGGAAAAACUCGAACGAUGACUGCGAGGAGGGAUUGCGCAGCAGUGAUUUCAGCACCACUCUGACAGUGUUUGGACUCAAGCCUAGAUCAGCCUUUACCAGAGGAAGCCGGCAGGAGUACACGUCCACAGACCCCAGUUUCACUAUGAGGAGGAAGAUGGAGCACUUGAGAGAGGAAAUGGAGCAGAUUGGAUUGUUACGACAGAACAUCGAGGCCCGACUGAAGGUGUUGCUCCCUGACGAUGUCGGAGCUGCUCUUAUGGACGGGGUCGUCCUUUGUCAUUUAGCCAAUCACAUUUGUCCUCGGUCCGUCUCCAGCAUCCAUGUUCCGUCUCCUGCAGUGCCAAAGCUUAGCAUGGCUAAAUGUCGUAGGAAUGUGGAGAACUUCCUGGAUGCGUGUAAGAAGCUGGGUGUCACACAGGACAAGCUGUGUCUGCCCCAUCACAUCCUGGAGGAGCGUGGUCUGGUGAAGGUCGGUGUGACGGUCCAGGCUCUGCUGGAUCUUCCGUCAUCGAAGCCCUCACAACUCUCAGCUGUUUGACAAAAAGCCUGAAUGUUGCGCCUGACCUUUUGUCAUCCAAAUGAACCCUCUCCGCGGAGCAAAUCCCCACGCCCCCCUCACCACCAGGGACCAGAGAGCCCCCUUUGGACGAGGACCCGGUGGACUGCUGGUUCUUCGGGUGUCUUCUUCUGCCUGACUGAAAUAGGAGGCGUGAGGGAGAGAAACCUCUGUCUCUUCAUAUGAUGUCAGCUGUCGCCAUCUUCCCAUGCGUCAUAUUUUCAUUCGUAUCUUGUUCCCCGUGACUGAACUCUUCCCCGUGUGUGCGUGGACUACUGACCUGACUGUGUGUUUUCUGCACAGUUUGCACACCCCUCUUUACAUCAGCUCAGUGAUUAUUGAGCCUGCGAGUGCCAGUGCUGACAGUAUUUCCAUGCUGGUGUUGGAGAUGUUGGCAGUGUGGAGAUGACAGACAUGUGACUCAUUUUUUACUGUAGAGACCUCAGCUGCACGCUGACCUCAAGAACACAAACACCUGACUGUGACCUCAAGAGGGUCUUACACUCUUUGACCUUAUCUUUCAGUUUAAUUUUCCCCUGGGAGAAAUCACUUUUGAAUCAAUUAAUGUUUCAAUUUUGUUCCAAGCAAGCUUUUCCAGUGAAAAGCAUCAUUUGAUCUUUUUUUCAAUCUUCAGUUGACUUUCUUCCCAUUAUCAGUGAAACGGAUACAUUUCCCACCUCUAUCAAAUACGACACAAACUUGUGUGAAGUGACGUUUAACCACUGUGACAACGUGCUCGGCUGUGGUCACACGUGCAAGGCUCAUGUUGUGCAGCAGUUUCAUUUUUUUUUUUCCCCUCUUUUUGAAAAGUUUCCCCGUCUUCUAACUUUUGUAAAAGCUUUUAUACUUUCUCCAGUCAAUGCCAAUCAUCACUGAUCAUGUUCAAGGAGUUAAGAGCACUGGUUCGCACAUGUAAGACACACUGCGGCUUGGAUUUGAUGUCAUGACCUCAAAUGAAACACUUUUAUACGCUUGUGUUUCUGAACUGCUGCUUAGAGACCUUCACUCCUGUCCAAUUUUCACACAUGAAAGAGCUUCUCUUACUGCCAGGCCACUGUGCUAUACUCAUGUUUCCGAAACGUUUGAAUAUUUCAGGGAAAUGAACUUAUUUAUGUAUUUAUUCAUUUUGUUUCAUAUUUAUUAUAUGUUGAUGCUUUGUGUGUCUUGCUGUUAGCAUGCUACCGGUACACUUCCUGACUCAGAGCUGAUCCUAAAUCAACGCGGAGCUUUGACAGACGUCAUGCUUCAAUCUCAAACUGGUUGACACAGGUGCAACAUGAGUACCACUAAGGUGGAAACAAAAAUAACCAUCAUUCAUCAGUAGAGCUGAGAUUAGCUGGGUUGUUGAGGGGUAAAUAAAGGAGGCUUAAUUCUGCGGCAAACAUUACACAAGAGUUGAUCUUGUUCUCAAACGUUGACCUUAAGGUUAUUUGACACACUGGCUUCAAGUGAUCUGUCAGUAUGAAAGAUCUGUCAUAUCCUUAUGGAGUUACACCCUUUUUAUGUUUGAAGUUUUAAAUCUGUGCUCAUACAGUAGUUUGUUAAUAAUGGAUUCUUACAUGCAGCAUAAUAGAUCUCUUUUUAUUUGUCAGGAUUUGCAUUUUACUGUUGAAUUCUUUGAAAAUGACUCCAUAAGGCAGCUGCAGUGCUCCAGACAAUUUCCAAUUUCAAUUGUACAUCUGAGAGGUCGGCUCUAAGCUCCUGUGAGGUGUUUUUUAAAUGCUUGUGAAGACUGAAUUUAAAACAGAUGCCUCUGUAUGACCUACUAAAGCAAACAAGACCAUUAGCAGCAAGAGUGUUUAUUAAUGCCGGGAACUGCUGCCACGGGGUAGACAUCAGAUGAAGUGAUUAACAGCAGGCUGAAGAAACAAACUGUUUUUUCAUUUUUUCACGUGGCAAAGAUUCUUCAUGAGCGAUGCAUUUGACUUUAACAAGAAAGCAGGAUGAGACGUUUUGUUAAAAAAAACACUACUAACAAAAUCAACAUCAAUGUUUUUAUAAUACAACAGAGUGGAACUGAAAAAUCACUUUUCAACUGCUUCAAGAACGUCACACUGCCAGUACAAUGUUGUAACAUUAAUCAAACGUGCUUGUAGAAUAGAAUAAUGUGUGAAUGAAAAAAAGGGGAUUUUCAUGCUGGUUUGGACAUUGGCAUGUUGAAGAUUGAACUUAAGACUUCAAGUUUAAAGAGCAGCUGAGGGCGUAACUGAUCCCCAUCACAGACAGAUUAAAAUGGCAUUUAAGGUCCCAUAUUAUGAUUUUUCUGGUUUUAUAUGCUCUUUAGUGUGUUUUCCAAGUGUCCUGUGUAUGUUUAGG